AUGAUUUUUAUAUAAAUUGUUUUACACUUAGUAGCUGCUUAUUAAGUUGGUUAGAAUAAAGAUGAUAUUGAUAAUAUUGCCAGUGAAGGUUAUGUUGGAUAACAUCUUAUUAAAUAAAUAAGAGCCUUCCUUAGAAAAGGUUAUCUAUAUAUAUAUAUAUCAUUAUUAGGACAUGAUUAAACAUAAUUCUUAAUUUAUCUAAAUAAUAUGGAAGCUAAAGUUGCUUCUCUUACUUCUGAUGAAUUCUAAUCAUAAUGUGAUACAGGUUUAUCUAAAUUUAUUAUCUUUUAAUAGAACUCUACAAUAUUGAAGAUACUUAAAGAAUGCUUCAAGAUUCCAAAUACAGAGUUACUUCGUUAGAAAAUAAAAUUGCUCUACUUUCUAACUAUACUAAUAAGUUUGCUUCUAUAAUUGAUGAAAAAUAAGCUAUUCUUUAAGUCACUGAAAAUACCGUUUCUGAUUUAGUGUAAAUUAGAGAGAAUGAAGUUUAUAUAUCUCAAGUUAUUAUUUAUAGAUUUCUAUGUUUGAAAGAAGAAGAAGUGAAAUAACUAUGUCUAGUGGAAUCAUUCGUAGAUCUAAAGGAUUAAUUGGAUAACUCAUACCAAAAAUGCCUGAUCUUGCUCCAUAAACGAAAUUUGCUAAAUAAGACAAUGAAUUAGAAAUUAGUUAUGAAGAUAUUAGAUCAGAAUUCUUAUAAAUAAGAAAUUAAGCUUAAGAAUAAUUGGGACAAUCAAAUCCCUUUAGUCAAAUUAUUGGUACUUGAAUUUUCUUUAUCAAAUAAAGAAUCAUUCGCCCAAAUUCCAGAAUAGACUGGAAAUCUAGAACAUGUCAAUUAUGUUGUUGACAUGCUUGCUAAUAUGUUAUCAAUAUUAUUAUUACUAUUAUUAGGGAAUAAAAUCUUGCUGAUACUAAUAUUGUACUCUUUAAUGCUGAAUAAUAAAGAUAAGAAUUACAUGAAAGAUUAUUAGAACAUGUUGAUCAAUAAACUGAAUAAUUAAAUCAAUAAAUCUCUGAAUUAGAAUCAAUGAUUUCUGAUAUGGAAUAAUAAAUCUAAGAUCAUUAAGCUGAAAUCUAAGCUGAAUUAUAAAAUCAAGAAAAUAUUCAUUAAAUCUAUGAAGAAUAUAUUGAUGCACAUGAAUCCACUUUAGUAAUCUAUUUUAUCUAAAUCUUAGCAUACUCAUGAUGAAGAUAUUAAAAAUAAUAUCUUACUUAUUAAAAUGAUUAGAACACUCAAGAAUGAUUUCAUGAAUGAUUUCGAUUCAAGUUCAAGAUAUAUUUUAACUCCUCGUUUUCAUUUUUAGAAUCUUUCCAGUUUAAUAUAAACAAAUUGA